AUGAUGUCUAGCUCGGUGGAGCUGUCUCUCUUCCCAUCCUGUUUCGGGGCCCUUGACUGGUCACCAGAGGGAGAGCUUGCAGUGGCUGCGGGCGACCAAGUUCAGAUAUGGACAUGGAGGCCUCCUAAGCACAACUCAGAGCAAGGGGACCACAAUGGCUGGCAACUUACCCGCAUUCCAAAGGUUAAUGUCUUCACGGUUGCUGAGUGGGGCAUGAUUUACCCGCAGAGUCGAGAUAAUUUUUCCAUCGCCGUGGAGCAGUCAGCUAGUUCUGUGGUAGGUCUUUCAUGGUCGCCGCCAGGUCUAGCUAGGUACCGACGGAGUGUCUUGGCUAUCUGGACCUCCAAUCUGCUUCUCUCCCUGUGGGAGCCGGUUGGAAUCAAUGGCCAGUGGGCUCGGGUCUGUAUAGUGAACCACGCACUCUACCCGAACCUAGGAAACUUUCAAGAUAUCGGCGGUAUUGUCCUUCGCAGGGCAAGCAUCCGCUCUUUCAACUGGUGCUCGCCCCUUCAAGUACCCGCCGAUGGGCCGGAAUCAGCAACGGCGCCUGAGUCCCGCUGGGGUGUCCAGAUGCUGGCCAUCACGAAUGAUGCUAAUGAGGUGGUUCUACUUCGGGUAUUUCGACCAAGUGGGCUGCAAGCUUCAUCAGAUGCAUACAUUAUAACUAAAUUGACUGCUUACCCCUUGGAUGGGGCUGAGAGGCAGUUUCCAAUGGUCGGCUCUGGAUCACUUCUGCAAAAUGCCCUUCAGGCCAAAGCACGCAUCACUUCGGUCAUGUGUAGCCCAUGGCUCAACUUACCUACGUCAGAGAAUGGUCCUGUACACUCCGCAGGGACAAUGGUUGCGGUCGUUUAUGGAACGGAGCUACGGAUUUUACAGGCCACUGUUGCGCUAGGGGAGUCAGACCACGAGGUGGAAGUUACGCCACGAUACGACGUAAUGAUGGAUAUCAAACCCCACCCUUUCAUCAUAUCCGACAGCUGGGCUCAUCGAAUGUCAGGUCCUCUCGGAUGGUUACAUACAGGCCAGUCCGAUUGGGUUGUUCUCGCAGUGGGUAUUAUUGAUGGCGUUGUCACAAUAUCUUUACCCCGGUCCGUGUGUGAUGGCAGUGAAAAAAAUCUUGCCGGAAUCAAGACUCAAGAGUGGCCUCGCUCAUCCUGGCCUACUCCGGAUGGUGAGUCAUUUUCUCGGACUCUGGAGCGCAUUUCAAGCUUCUUGACAACAACAGCCGAACAACACAAAACAUGUACUCUUCAAAUAGGCACCUUGGGUGGUUUGGGGACUAGCAUCACCCUGGAUCAAUCCGGGGCUCUUGGACCGUGGAAAGUUCCGCUCUGGAUGAAAGCAGUCGAAGAUUUUCGAGAAGACUACGACCUGGACCGUGACCUGGGAGGAUACACUGCGGCUCGUAUUUGGGGCUUGUCAAUGUAUCGCGGUCUAACUGCGGCCCUUUUCACAAUGCAUCCGACUGAUAUGGUUGAAUACCGUGUUUCCUCCAACGAGAAAGCAAUAAUUGUAUUCACGAACGAAAAUACUCUAGAGGCCCCAGAUUUCCACACCUUGUUCACUCCACAUUCCGUGGACAGCGAACCGCAAUUCGCUCGCGAUCAACGGGAAAAGGCCAUUUCAUCGGUACUUGCUAGCGGUGAACAGGAAAAAGGAGAAAACAAAGAGGAUGACAAGCUCGUCUACGCGGCAGCGUGCUGCGCUCUCGUGGAUGGACAUAGUAACUCCAUUCGAGCCCAAGCUCGAGAGUGCUUAGAGCGACUGGCAAAUAAAACAGGGGCGGACCUGAGCGACGAAAUCUCCAAAUGUGACCUUGAAUCCUCAACCAUUUCGGCCAAGUCAACUGAUCAGCAAACAAUGCCCGGUGGUCAUUUGUUUGAAUAUUGUGAGAUCUGCGGAACAGGCCUUACGUGGGAUUCUGCGAACGAAGCACAAUGUGCAAAUGGGCAUCUUUUGGUACGCUGUGGACUUAGCUUCUUGGCGAUACAGGAGCCUGGUAUAUCUAAGUACUGCCCGAUUUGCCGAACCGAAUAUUUCGACGAAGAUCUUCUAGCCCGCGUGCGCAAAGGUCAUAUUGGCCCAAAGUUCAUGCAGCUUUUUGAGGCGUUUGAUACGUGCAUCUACUGCGACAUGAAAUUUCAGGCUAGCGUUUAG